CAGCGGAUGAUGACCCGUCAUCGCCCGUGUCGCCGGCGACCACCGUGAUAUCAGCGAAACCGGUAGCGGCGUCGGCCGCGGUCGCCGGCAUGCCGGGCCCCGUGUCGAACGUCACGACGACCACGACCACGGGCCCGGGCGGCAAGCAGCUCAGCCACACGAGCCUCUACCAGCCCUUCCCCUACCAUCCGAGCUUUUACGCGCUGCACCGACAGCAGCACGAGGCGCACCACCUGCAGAUGCAUCUGCGCCAGCUGCAGGAGCGCCUGGCCAUGCUCAACUUCGAGCCGCCGCUCUUCUAUCUGUCGCGCAGCGACUACGACAAUUACAACGAUUACGCGCUGCCGCCGCCACCGGUCGCCUUCCGAUUCACCGACAGCCCGGGCGGCGAUUACGCGUCCUCGUCGCAGAAGUCGCUGAGCUUCACCGACCCCAGCUACGACUCGAUGAACUCGAGCAAUCCCGAGAAUAACAACAACAACGAGAGCGGCUCGCUCAUCAGCAGCAUGUUCGACGAGAACGAUUACGACGACGUGGUCGAGGAGGACAGCCCCAAGAAGGGUCUCAAGCAGCUGUUCUGCUUGCCGUUGCACUGAGCUGCGGCCCGAGCUGCGCUCGUUACCUGUACGCGCGGCGGCACUAUUACUUACGCGAUCGGGGCUUAGUGUAUUGUACGUGUGUUACUACUCUGCAGGUGUGUGUAUCUGUGUAUUUGGUGCGUGGGUGCGCGCGUGACAGAGAUUUUUUUAUUUAUUACUUUGUGCGAGCGAUGGGUGAAAGUUUGAGUUUCGUUGUUAGAAGAUACGAUAUUUAUUAAUUAAAGCUGUGAAAGAAAAUCGAUGAAAAUUGAAAAAAAAAAUGUAGACCUACUGAGACGAUGUUGAAUAAAGUAUUAAAAUACUUUAAAACGGUGUAAAUGAUGCUCAAAAAGUAUGAUAAAGAUGUGUACAAAUUAUUUUGUAACAUCUGUGCCUGACGAAAGGAUAAUGGCUUGAUCAAUGGUAACGAAUGCCAUAGAAAGUGGAUUAUCAAUUUAUUAACUCUAUAGAGCGGAGUAAAAAUUGAGAAAACCGAUGAUGUGCUCGAAUUGUUACGUUGACAAGUAACAGAGAUUUUUAUGUAGAAAUAAAUGUGGCAUCGAUUCGAUAAAAAUAAUUGAUCAUAAUUAAUGUUUUAAAAUUAUGUAUGUUUUCAUUGUGCAAAUUGUACACGUGAAAAAUCGACGGUAUUUGUAAUUAUUUACUGAAUUGUAUACACAAUCUAAUUUUUUACAUAAAGAGACUUUGAAUUACGGCUGAAUGUAAAAUAUUUUAAGCUGCUACGAGCUAUCAGAUAGUGCGCAGUUUUUUUCUAAUUCUUCAAUAAAUUUUUAAUUUUGUAAAUAAACGAAAGGAAAAUAUGGCUGACUUUCGAGAACUCCAAGCGCUUUAGUAUUUUAAAUUUAGGCGUUAGGAAGAAACUUUUAGGAUUAUGAUCUUUUAUAUUCUCACGAAUAUAGAACAAUUUUGUAAAAUCAUAUUUAAUUCGAGAUUAAAUUACUUUAUUACUAAAACAAUCAUUCCAAGUUUUAAUUUAUGUACUUAAUGUACGGUACUUUAAACUUUAAUAUGGUUCAAAACCUUUUUUAAGCGAUAAAUCCAAAUUUUUUUUGCGUUCCUAAUUGAUACAGUCAAGUUUAAGAAACAUAAUUGCUUGCGAUAAAUAUCGAUUUGAUGCGCUCAGUGAAAUACCCGUGCUUUUGAAUUUGUCAAAUUUAUUGAAUUGAAAAAAACAGAUUUCAUACAAUACUAAACGUAUUUUAAAAAUGUACUCGUGCUUGGGCAUCUUAAAGUUAACGUUACAUUUUGAUAUUUAGUAUGCAAUAAAUGUUAUCUUGCAGGUAUUAUUCCAAUUAGAGAAUUUAAUGAAUUUGUAAUAGUUUAAUAAAACUCCGAGAGCAUUUAUAAGAUGGUAUCGCAAUAUUAUAUUUAUGUACACAUGUGUACAUUUAAAUAUGUGUCAUUUCACGUCGACAUUCUUGGCGUAGCUUCUGCACGACAUUAUCAAGCGAAAUUGCCAAAUUUUUACCUUGCAGGAAAAGUACCUGUUUACACCUUGAAAAUAACAAAGCAAUUGUUUCGAUGUAUAUUUUCCUUGGUCUUCCGCUGGUAUGGUUCUAUUCUAUAAAAUUUUCUAAUGCGAAAAUAUCGAAUUAAGAAUUAAAAACUUAAUUAUAUGAAAUACUUCAUUAUUAAGUUUCUCUAAUUAGUUUAGAGGAAAAAAUGUCCUAUUGGAAUAACUAUUUUCCAAAGACAUGUUUUUCUAUUUUUUGCAUCAAAAUGGAAAAUGUGAAACUAGACUACAUCAUCGGAAAGUUUAAGGAAAAAUAUAAGCAGUGUUAUUUCCCGAGUUACUUUUUCGGCGAGUUACAAAUUAAGCAUUUUCGCCGGUCAUUUCAGGAGUUUUGUCGUGAAUUGCCACCUAUGUUUAUGUACAAUAUAAAUAAAUAAGUAUACAAAUAUUUAUUAUUAUACGUUACAAUUUCAAUCGAACAAAAAUUAGUCAUUCACUUGCAUAGAAAUAAAUACCAACAAUAUUAAGUGGUUGGUGCUUUUUAAGACGAACUAAACAUAAAAGUACGAACACGCCUGUACAUAGAAAAAACAAUAAAAGUAACAAGAAGAGAAUAAUAAAUAAGAGCAUGCUAACGAGAAAGAGAAAGCACGAGUCUGUGUAGCUAUAUUGUAACAUACAAUAAUAAGAAGUAAUGAAAUAAAAAAAAGAAGAUUAAGUAAUAAUAAUGAUAAAUUAUGUUAUUGCGAUAUAAUGAUAUUAUAUUAAUAAAAUCAAUAAUUUAAGGAAUAAAAGUUUCAAUUUAUAAAGCCAUGGUGCUUGCAAUAUAAUGAAGUUUAUAUGGUAAAAAAUAUAUUACGAAAAAAAGCAUAUUAAUGAGAAACAGCUUCAGUGUUAGCCAAAAAAAAUUGAACAAGAAAUUUUUGGCAAAAAAAAAACAAAGUUUUAUAAAAGGUUGCACUCGAAAGGUUGCACAAUAAAUCACGGUCAUUACUAAAACUCAUCUGAAUGGGUUUUUCAUGCACCAAGUUGGUGUAGAAAUUUUUGUCGAUCGUGUUUACUGUUUCAUAAUCAGUUUUCCAGUAUAGACAGAAUCGUCCACAACAGAAGGAAUUUAUGAUAAAUUUCUUUGUUUUUUUUACCAUGAAAAGGUUAUUAUAGCGUAACGGGAUUGAUAGCGGUGAGUUGAAGUAUUGAAAUUUAACGAAAAACUAACUCAAACUAUGUUAAAGAAUAUUUGCAUUAAUAUAAUGUGUAAUUGUUGUAUCAAAAUGAUAUCUGUGAAAACACAAACUGCUGUUACGUAUGGUAAAUUAUAAAACUGAUAUUUAUAGGUCUCAUUUUGAGCAUCGAUGUUAAUCGUAACUUCCAUUGACAUGUGUUAUAACACAAAAUUGAUUUACUACAUACUGAGUGGCCAAGUUAAUAGUAUUUUUAUAAAAUCUAACUUGCGUUUUGAUUGAAAUUAAGUGAAACAUUUUUUAAACAACGUGUAAUCGUUCGUCUUUAGAGAUGAGAGAUUUUAUCAUUAUAUUGAAAAUUAUACUUUAUUAAACAUUUAUUA